GGGCGCUCUGGUCGUCGUGCUCACGUCCUGCCCUCUAUCGUCUAAGCGCCGCAGUAGUCGCCACUAGCGAGUGAAUCGCUGAGUUGUUCGCUCACGUGUGUAUUGUGCCUGGCGUUGAAUGCGUCCACCUGAGACACUUUCGCGGCUUCCUCUCACGAACGGUAUCGACUCGACAUGUGACAGAUUGGGAGUCAUGAGCGGCGGGAAGCUUCCGGAACCUCCGAUCGUCGCUGGCAUUCAGUACUUUGGAAAUGCUCACGCGGCGAUCAAGAACCAAGGCAUGGUCUUGGGCGUCGUGGUCCUCGAAAGCAACUCCUUGUCGACAGACGAGCUACGCCGCGUCAUGUGCGACCAGCUGCCGUCUCUGCCCGCCCACUUCGCGUUCCUCACCAAAGAAAGGUGGCCCGUCCAAAAAAGUCAGGAGCACCUUAUCAAGACAUCUCACCUCCUUUCCGAUGAUGGCGUCAUAAACAUCACCAGGUAUCACGAAAAGCCACGGGUUGCUGUCCUUUCCACUGGGGGAUCCACUCUGGGGUCCGUCUUCUGCGACUACAACGCUGUGUUACGCCAGUUUCGAGAAGUCAUCGCGGAACAGCUGCAUGACUUGAAACGGGGUUCCUCGUUGCCAGACUUUCGUUUCGUCGAGGGCAACGGGUGCCCCAUCACCACUCGCCAGGAGGCAGCUUUAACUGUGCUCGACGUCCUAGACCAGGGACGUAGCUUGUUUGUACUGCCGGGUGCAGCACCCACUGGGGAGUCUUCGACGCCAUCGACCUCUAGCAUAAUCCCUACAAACAUGUCCCAAAGACCACGACCUCACUUGCCCAUUAUGCCCUCGGAAGAGUGGGAUGGCAAGCGGAAAAAAUCUGUGCGCUUUAGCAGCGACGAACGCAGUCCCUCAAUGAGGCUGUCUUCUCGACGGUUGGGUGGCGGGCUAAACUGGUACAGUCGAUGGUCUAUGACGAGGCACGAACCAAAGCCGAUACUGAUCAGUUACGUGCGAGCCGAAGCAGCACAACACGCCCUUGAUCUCAAGAAGGAGCUGCUGAAAAUGAAUUUUAGUGUCUACCUGGACAUCGACGAAAUAAAAACUGGCAGUGACUGGCAAGAUGCUCUCAACUAUGCUGUGAGCGAGUGCCACCUUUUUGUGCCCUUGAUCAGCCGCAUGUACGGCAAAACGCAGUGGACAAACCGUGAGGUGAAACUGGCAGACGUGCUGCACAAAGUGAUAACUCCAGUCAAUUUCUUAGACACUUGGCCCCCUGAAUGCUUAGCAAUCCAGUUCGCGUCAACACAAUACAUUCCUGCGUGGAAACCUACGGAGCACGACACUAUACAAGGCGGUGACCUGUACAAAAACGACCAUCGAGUGAGCUGGGACGAAUCAAACCUGCGGAGAGUGGCACGAGAAAUUGCGGAGAGGUAUCGUCAGACCACAAAGAAGGAACAGGUGGCGACCAAGCAGUUGGGACUCAAAAAGUCAUCGAGCCUUAAGAACAAAAGGAACUCCCAUCUUACAACGCUUACAGAAGAAGUGCCAAUGGCAAAUGUAAUGGAGAUGCCAGUGCUAAAUCAGUACCCUGAGUUGAGGGAGUUCUUGGGACAUCAGCGGGUUAUUGUAAUCAGCGCGCAUCCCAGACAGAAGGAAGUGGCCCAAGCGAUUGCUGGUUUCCUCAACAAAGAGGGCUACACCGUGUGGAGCACGACCGAACUCUCGGAGACACGGGACAGCUACUCGGACGCAGACGGCACCCACCCAAAUACGCCUCGCGACGCAGCGCCUCUGCCCAAGAGCGAUCGUGUUUUUGACGGCUCUCGAGACUUUAAUACUCGUGUUACGGAGUACAGGCGGAGUACUCAGCAUGACACACACGACGGUCACCCGUCAGUCUGUCGUCUGCCGUCGCAGAUGAGCGACGUCAGCGUGGCGUCCGUGCUAGGUGGCGAGAAGUUGGAGCGGGUGAAGCGGUUUCAGCAGAUGGCUGUGCGGGCCAACGUGGUCGUCGUCCUCAUCUCAAAGGAAUACAUCAAUUCCAAAACGUCUCAGCAGCAGGUUUUCUACUGUGAACACAGAAAACACGUCGUGCUGGUGCAGUGCGACGACUACCCUAUUCCGUGUUGGUUCUCCUCGCUCAUGGGCAAUGACAUCAUCAAGAGAAACAGUUGCGAGUUCGAGAGCGCCCUGAAGGUCCGUGUGAGGCGUGCCACAAAUCCAGACUCGUCGGAGACUCCGAAAGACGCCGCUACGGAAGCCACGAUUCAGUGUCUCGUGACGUUCAUGAAAAAAGAGAUCCCCGCAUUGGAAACCUGCGUCUACAUUGCUGGAGGCUCAAAGCUGCCUCAGAGGUCAGAAGAGAUAUGCAGGGAAAUCGGCAAAGAACUGGCGAAGCUUCCAAACGUGGCUGUCAUCACCGGAGGUUUCUACGGAGCACCAGAUAUCGUAGCACGUACGUUUCACGAGGCACGGGAGAACAACGGCGAGACGGACACUAAAGUGUUCCACAUCCUGCCUUGCCGAGACGAGAAGGUAGGAGAGAGAGGUCAUCCCAAGGCACCGCAAAACAGCGACGGCUCCUUCUCGGCUAUUCCGUACGGCAAGAACCUGUUCCUGGGCAGUUCGGUGAAAGAGCGGGAGUCGACGGUUGCACGGGCAUUCGACACGUGCAUUGUGAUUGAAGGUGGGCCUUGUGCAGCGCAUGAGGUGGAACAGUUUGUGUGGAACGACCACUUCGUGGUUCCAAUUAUCUCCACCGGUGGAGCCGCUGGUGGCCAGUUUGGUGUUCCUCUCAAAAUAUUAGAGACCCCGCACUGCAUCGCGGAAGAGAAGUGGUCGGUGCUGUCCGAGAAAGAAGCGUCCCCGGCGGAAGUCGCGAAAGCAGCCGUCGACAUUGUGGCUCAACUCAAGCGGGCCAUGGUGUCGCACGCGCACUCGCACUUGGUGCGCAACAAGUACAAAAAGAUCAAGAAACGUGCGAAACACGGAGAGAGCGUCGCGCAAGGCCUGUCCGACGGCACCCUGCCGGCGGACAAAGAAAUUGCUCCUUCCGCCGCCGGCAGUGCCGCCAAGACGUCGUACCAAGCUAUGACGCGCUGGCAGAGGAUAGUCAAGUACUUGAGGAGCAUGUCGAGUUCCUAGUGGUGUCACACCGCAGUGGGAUUGUUGUUGUUUUUUUCCCCCGAGUGCGUGUCAUCUCGUAAUGCCUCAAAGGCUCUCUGUUUCUACCAUAUUUACUUGCAUAAUUGGGUGCAGCUUUUAACCGCGUUUUACUCGGAGGAAGUUUUUUAAGUCGUACAAAUUCGUUACCACAGCAAAUUGUGGUAGGGGUAUUGUAAAUACCCGCUCAUUUUAGAGGUCAAGUUUUUAGAAAAAGUGGUAGAGACCUGCCAAAAAAAAGUAAAACUGCACCAAAAUUAUCAUCCUUAAAUUUCUACUCGAAACGUUGAUAGUGCUAUCUCUCAAAUUAUUUGUGAGGCAUACUGCAUUACACAAUUAGAUGUUUCUUACGUGCCUCUUCUCUUAGAAGUGCCGACUAUGCAACAGCGUUGUAAUUGCACCUAUUCUAUUUGAUUCAAUUAUCACUCGAUACGAUACGUAGUACAUCGCGGACACGUUGUUACUGGCUUAAAAACAUGCGCCGUCAAACUGCAUGCUGUACUGAGCAGCAUUCAUUCUCAGCUUCAUUCCCCACAUGGAAGAAAAAUGGCGGGAACCCAUUCGCGACUGCGACGUUCAAAUACUUUUUUCCAAAUACGAGUCAAAAUCUGGUGAAAGAGCACAUUUUGAGGCAGAAAAGAAAGGAACACGUAAGCUGGCAAGAGGAAAUGCUAAAUGCAACGUAUUUACUGUUAAACCGUACCCGCGGAAUUGGCUGAGUUUUCACUUUGACGAGUUCGGUUCCAGAGUGUUUUCGGGUUUUACCCACAGUGCCACUGAUGCAAAUUGGGGAUAAAACAGGUUUUGUUGUGUCUACCCAGAUAAAACCCAUUUGCACCCCCCACCCAUUUGC